CUCUGAACAUGGUGACUCCUACGUUGCGGGUGGAGGACUGUAGUAUCGCCCUGCUCCCCAGGAACCACGAGAAGAACCGCUGUAUGGAUGUUCUUCCUCCUGACCGCUGUCUGCCCUUCCUCAUCACCAUCGAUGGAGAGAGCUCCAACUACAUCAACGCUGCUCUUAUGGACAGUUAUAAGCAGCCGUCAGCGUUCAUCGUGACCCAGCAUCCUCUACCCAACACAGUGAAGGAUUUCUGGAGGCUGGUGUUGGACUACCACUGCACCUCCAUAGUGAUGCUCAAUGACGUCGACCCUGCACAGCUCUGUCCUCAGUACUGGCCAGAGAACGGCGUGCAUCGCCAUGGGCCAAUCCAAGUGGAGUUUGUCUCAGCUGAUCUGGAGGAGGACAUAAUCAGUAGAAUAUUCCGGAUCUACAACGCAGCACGGCCUCAGGACGGGUACCGUAUGGUGCAACAGUUCCAGUUCCUGGGUUGGCCAAUGUACCGAGACACUCCCAUGUCCAAACGCUCCUUCCUCAAGCUCAUCAGACAGGUGGACAAAUGGCAGGAGGAGUAUGAUGGAGGAGAGGGACGCACUGUGGUGCACUGUCUUAACGGAGGAGGGCGCAGUGGGACGUUCUGUGCCAUCAGCAUCGUGUGUGAGAUGUUACAACAUCAACGUUCUGUAGAUGUUUUCCACGCCGUCAAAACACUGAGGAACAACAAACCCAACAUGGUCGACCUACUGGAUCAGUACAAGUUCUGCUAUGAAGUGGCUCUGGAGUACUAGAACUGUGGAUGAACAACAGUCUCAGCCUGGACGCAGAACUGUGGAUGAACAACAGUCUCAGCCUGGACGCAGAACUGUGGACGACACGGGGGGGGGGGACUUUAUAGACGAGACUGCAGCGUAGACCGACCUGUGUUUUUCAUGAUCGAAUAACUGGAGCAGGACGAACACGCCUCCACAAGUACAGACACACACAGCUCUGUCUUUCUUAGCUUGAUCAGCUGGAUGAGGUGACAGAGGUGAGGUGUACUGUUGUCUCUAUAUAGUUCCAUCAGUCUCUGAUCUGCUACCAGGAAGGAUUCAGGAGCACAAUGUUUUACACCCUCGCCCCUACACCCUCGCCCCUACAC